UCGUGCGCCAUGACGUCGUCAUCCGAUCAACAGCUGCACGACGUGCCACUGGUUCAGAAAUUCAACGCGAAGGCAUUAGAAUUUAAUACUUCAUUGGAGCUAAAGUGGAACAAUUUCAAAAAAGAAUAUGAAGAGUUAUAUACAUGCUUGGAAGAAUUUCCUAAACAGUUAUCUGUUCCAAUAUUGAUGCCACUUGGACCAAAAGUGUUUGUACGUGCACAAUUAUGUAAUACUAAUGAAGUGUUCAUUAGAUACAAUGAAGUUUUCACUAAACAAAGUGCUUAUGAAGCUAAAGCUGCGUGUGAAAGACAAAUUAAAAGGUGUGACAAUAUGAUUGAAGAUUUGAAAAAAGAAAAGGAAUUGUUCACAAAAAAUAUGUGUGUUAGACAAGAAGUUGUUGAUGUUUCAGAAAAAUUAGUAGAAAUAAAUGAACCAUAUGAUGAAGUAGAAGAGGCAGCCUGGAAUGAGAUACAUAGGCAGAAGGUAAAAGAAUAUAAGAAACGUUUAGCAGAAGAAAAACACAAACAAGAAUUAGAACAACGUCAACAAAUAUUGAAUGAAUUUAAAUCGGUAGGGUUUGAUGAUAAACUUAGUGGAUUGAAUAGACCAACACUGUUUACUGCAUCUACAGUACAUUAUACAAUUAUGAACGGGGAAGACAUUGAUAGCAAUCUUUCAAAUGAGAAUUUUAUUGAUAUGGAUGAUGACGAUGAUGAUGAUGAUGAUGACGAUGACGAUUAUGAUGAGGAGGAAGAUGAGGAUGAUGAUGAUGAUGAUGAUGAUGAUAAUGAUGAUGAAGAAGAUGAUGAAGAUAGUAAAUUAGAAAUUGUUUUUACCAAUGAUAUACCUGAAACCACUGGAGCUAUAAAAAAAAAGAAUAAAAAGCAAGUAUCAUUUAAUAAUGAUGUUCAAAUAAAAGAAUUUGUACCAAGGCCUGGAGAACAUUUUAUUCGUCGAAGAGAAGAAACAGCAACAGGAUCUAUAAGACCUGAAAUACUUGUUACGGAAAUUGAUGACAUUGUGGAAAGAGUAUCUGAUUUAUGUCCGCGAAAUGAAACUGAUGAUGAAGAAAAAAAUACAAGACCCAUAAGUAGGUUUAAAUCUAACCGGAAAUAGGUAGGAUCAAUAACAUUAUAGCAGAUGUGUAUAUAUAUAUAUUUUUUUUAUUUGGUUAAUUUAAGCAGCUAAUAAAGCUAUUGUAUACAUCAUAAUAUAUUUGUAUAUAAACGA